UUUCACUUUUUGCACUCAAAACAAACUUUGAAGAAUACAAGAUGUUUUCUGCAGCUUCAAGACAAGUAGCUCGAUCGGCAGCGAGGCAGCAAUGCCGUGCCUUGAGCUCCACACCGUCAGUCGGUGCGGCCGCUGAGGUCAAGAGGCUCGGCGUCAUUGGAGCUGGUCAGAUGGGUCUUGGAAUAGCUCUUGUAGCAGCACAAAGGGCUAAAGUACCUGUCAGCUUAAUUGACAGCUCGCAAGCUUCGAUUGACAAGGGCCUGAAGUUCGCUGAGAAACUCCUGGCGAAGGAUGUUGGGAAGGGAAGGCUGUCUCAGGAAGACGCAGAUGCUGCUCGCGAGAGACUGACCACUAGCACACAGCUUGAGGAUCUCUCAGACGUUGAUUUUGUGAUUGAGGCUGUUCCGGAAAUACCAGACCUCAAGACCAAGAUCUUCUCACAGCUGGCCCAGAUCUGUCCUUCCCACGCCAUUCUUGCGACCAACACGUCGUCUAUCUCUAUCACCAAGAUCGCUGCGAGCACAAGCAAGGACCCCACCGACUUGUCUGCUUCGUCGCGUGUCAUCAGCACCCACUUCAUGAACCCUGUACCCGUCCAGAAAGGCGUCGAGAUCAUCACGGGCCUACAGACCUCACAAGACACCAUUGACACCGCGAUCGCCUUUUGCGAGAAGAUGGGCAAGAUUGCCUCGCAAUCAGCCGACUCCCCCGGCUUCCUUGCAAACCGCAUCUUGAUGCCGUACAUCAACGAGGCUAUCAUCUGCUUGGAGACGGGCGUAGGGAAAAAGGAGGACAUUGACAGUAUCAUGAAGAAUGGCACAAAUGUACCAAUGGGCCCGUUGCAGCUUGCUGACUUCAUUGGUAUUGAUACAUGCCUGGCAAUCAUGCAGGUGCUGUACAAUGACACUGGCGACUCAAAGUACAGGCCUGCGGUUUUGAUGAAGAAGAUGGUGGAUGCAGGGUGGCUGGGUAAGAAGAGCGGAAAGGGCUUCUACGACUACUAGAUGUUUGAUCAAGAAAAUAAAUAGGAAGAUUUCCCAUGCC